AUGUCUGAAAUAAUCGAAUCCACGGUCGCUUUCCUGAUAGGGCUACUCAAAGCGUCCUGGACCAGGACCGCCUGGCACUUUGCCGUUCUGUCUUUCGUCUAUGUUAUCGCUCGCUCGAUUUACCGGGUAUGGUUUCAUCCUUUGUCAAGCUAUCCAGGCCCGAAGCUGGCAGCCCUUACCCAGCUGUGGUAUGCCCGUCAUUGGAUGGGCGGAAGAUACCCGUUUGCGAUUGAAGAAGCGCAUAGACGGUACGGCGAGGUUGUUCGCAUCGCGCCCAACGAACUCAGCUUUAACACUGCCCAAAGCUUUAACGAAAUUUAUGGACACACCACGAAGGACCACAAGCCAUUCAUCAAAGGUACUUUCUAUGAGCAUUACCAGCCGGAGCCGGGCAUCGUCGCCGAGCGCAACCCGGAAAAGCAUAGAGAAACUCGAAAGUUGCUAGCCCAUGGAUUUAGUGCCCGGGCUUUGAAGGCCCAAGAGUCUAUCAUUGCCCAGUACAGUGAUUUGUUCCUUGCCCAGGUCAAGAAGCUGGCAAAAUCCCACUUUUGGAUCGACACCAUCCACGACGCCGGAAUCCUAGUCACCCUGUUCGAGAUCGGCCGCCGUCUCCCUCUCCUCUGGCCCUUGAUUCUUUUCUCCCUACCGAACGGCAUCAAGAAGAAAUUUGACCUCUUCCUCAAAUACUCCCGCGACCUCGUCCGCACUCGCGUCGCAAGACAGAACACCCUCACCCGCGAGGACUUCUUCGCCCGGCUGCUGGCUGACAAGUCUCACUCGCAAUCCGAGGAAUGGCUCCUCGCACAGGCGAACGUCCUCGUCAUCGCCGGGUCUGACACCACCGCCACGGCACUGACCACCCUGAUCUACUACCUCGCAGCCCACCAGGACAAGCUCUGGCAUCUCCAGCAGGAACUUCGGGAGACGUUCGACGAGGCUUCAGACAUGACCAGCGAGAAACUUCAGGGCAUGCUGUAUCUGAACGCUGUCAUAGAAGAGGGGUUGAGAAUCUGUCCGCCGACCGCUUUCGGUCUGCCUAGAAUAUCACCUGGGGCCAUGGUGGAUGGACGGUUGAUUCCCAAGGGGACGGUGGUCUCCAUUUCCUCAUGGACCACAGCCCACCGUGAGGAUUAUUUUCACGACGCAAGGGGCUUUCACCCAGAGCGUUGGCUGCCCGCCGGGCAUGCGCUCUGGAACGCCAAGUUUCAGCACGACCACCUUUCCGCGUCGAAGCCAUUCUCGUUGGGCCCCCGAGGCUGCCUCGGAGUCAAUCUGGCAUACAUGGAGAUGCGAAUUACCCUGGCCAAGUUGGCGUGGAAGUUUGAUUGGGAGUUGGUCAAUGCGGACCAACUGGACUGGGAAAGCGAGUUGCGGUUCGAAGGAUUCUGGAAAUUGCCCGUUCCUCGGGUCCGGUUCUACUGCAUCCAUGUCUAG